AUGGUCGUCUGCAAAUACUUCCUGCAGGGAAACUGCAAAUUUGGCGCCAAUUGCCGGAACGAACAUCCCGGAGGAGGUGGUGGUUUUGCAAAUCAGAACAGAUUUGGCGCUCUCUCGGGUAAUAGAUUCGGAGGUGGUAACGGUGGCAAUGCUCGGAGAGAUGCUUGGCAGUUCAACCCGGAUGAUAUCCUAAACGACCUUGGAGCUGGCAAAGGUCGACCAAAGUGGAUUCUGUCAGCAUAUGGGCCAGGCAGAAAUCCUCCGGCUUCGCUCUUGGUCGAGAACGAAUUUAGUUCCGAAGAAGUGCGUGCGAGGUUCUACGAGUUGGCGAGUCAAGGCAAGGAAAACGAAGGUGACCAAGAAGCCAUAGCCUUGUGGAACAAAGCCGAACAGAGUAUCAACCAGAUCCUCAGCAAUGCGCGUGAUGUCGAGAAGUUUGUGCUCGACGCCGAGAAGAAGCACCCCAACAGAGACGACUUCACGCAGAUGGAUGGAACGAAAUCGAGGGAUCAAUUUAUCAAGGACUUUGAGUCGCAAUCCGCUGGCUCGAAUGCGUUUGGCGGAGGGACCACUACUGGUGGAGGAUUUGGCACCAGCUCAACGACAAGUCCUUUUGCGAAACCCGCCGCAUCAUCGUUUGGCCAGCCUGCCCAGGCCUCCGGGUUUGGGACUUCUCCUUUCUCCAAACCAGCCUUUGGGCAGAGCGGCUUUGGGACGGGAAGCUCAACAAACAGCCCAUUCGGGAAGCCUUCAAUUGGGUCGUCAUCAAGCCCCUUUGCAAAACCCGCUUUUGGAAGUCCUGGGUUCGGUCAGUCGUCAUUUGGUCAACCUUCGCAACCAACCUCUAGCUUUGGACAGCCCUCACAGCCUACUUCGACAUUCGGCCAACCAUCUCAGCCCUCUUCUGGGUUCGGACAACCAGCAUUUGGUUCCUCGGGCUUUGGGUCGACUCCGCAAAAGAAUCCUUUUGCGCCAGCUACAGCAUCAAGUGGUUUCGGCCAGACUCCCUCCCCUUUUGGUCAACCCGCUCAGUCUGGUUCAACGUUUGGACAGCCUUCACAGCCCACAUCGGCCUUCGGACAACCCAGCCAGCCCUCUUCGACUUUUGGACAACCCAGUCAACCUGCUUCAACUUUUGGUCAGCCUAGUCAACCUUCUUCGGCUUUUGGACAACCAUCGCAACCCACGUCUGCAUUCGGCCAGCCAUCUGCGUUUGGUAAGCCCGCGUUCGGUCAACCAGCCCCAGCCUUUGGACAGGCACCCCAGGCUACAUCUGGCUUCGGACAGGCACAAGCAUCCACUACCUCGCCUUUUGGUCAAGCUGCGUCGACUUCAGCUGGAUUUGGCCAGACCGCUGCUCCCGCGUUUGGGCAGACUGGUGUGGGUUCCGGCUCGACACCAGCAUUCGGCCAAACCACAGCUCCGGCGAACCCUUUCGCCCCCAAAACUGCAGAAGCCCAGCCCAAAGAUGAGAACAUGGACACAACCACCCCCGCGCCUUCACGCCCGGCUUCCCGGGCAAAUCCUUUUGAUACAACAUCUGGGCCAGCCACGGCGCCUCAGCCAUUUCAAGCAGCCCCUCCCACGUCCCAGCCUCCGCCGGUCGCCAAACCCAUCAUCAACACUUCGACAACUCCUCAUCCGCUCAUCAACCGGCCUCCCCACGCCGUGCACUACACUCAGACCCUCCCACUCCAACCACCUCAAAAAGACGUCUCUGGUCGCAUCACUUCCUACCGCGGCCAACGCGUUGAAUACAUCAACUCCAUACCGUGCUAUCGCCGCCCUGAUGGUCAAGGCAUGGAGAAGAUCUGGUUUCCAGACGCCGGAGCCACUCCCGACGUUGUGGCGCUGAACAGGGAGGAUAAGAUCGAGGACUGCCAGGGGGGGAAGGACGAAUACACGGCCGAAAUUUUGGAUCGCUACAAGUACUUGUUUUCCGAAGGCAGGUUUUUGGACGGCAAGAUUCCCUUGGUGCCGCCUUUGAGGGAGUGGGGGGUUUACGACUUUUGA